CUUGUUGACGCCAUGGAUGAAUCCACGCAUGCCUUCAUUUGUCACCUUGACUGCAGAUACUGUAUGUUGUCUGGCUUGCACGCCGUCGCUAGGCAACGCACAGGAAGUGACAGACCUGUGGCGUCUCACCUGACUAGAGGCAGCUGUGAGAGCAGGAGGACUGGUAGAGAGCAUCGACCUCCGUGGGUCACGGCGCCGGCUGCGUGUUGCUGACCGACGGCGGAAUUUAGCAGAACAACAUCGGGACAUGUCAGAAAGUUCUUCAGAUGUGAACACCUUCAGUGCAGGCAGCCUUCCCAAAUCCUACUCGUCCCGCUACUCUGAGCUCGGUGUGGCACACUUACCUGCUUCUGCGCGCCACGGUUCUGAUUCUGGACUUGGAUCCACACCUCUUCCGUCCAGCCGCUUUCGCUUCGUGUCAUGGCAUCACCUGGCCCACUGCCACCUGACCGGGGACCAGCUCACCUGUCCCAGGGUCCGAGAAGGUCCAAGCGCUGACGAGCUCUUCCACGGCGAUGAAGAGGCAGCUGGUGAGCAGAGAUGGAGGAUGAGGAUGAGGAGAGAGGAGGAAGGACCGAGUUGGGAGGAGAGAAGACAAGAGAAUUGGGAAAACUGCCGGGAGUUAAAUCUGUCCUACCAGGACCUGGGCGAGCCUUUCCAGCGGGAGAACUUCCUCCGCAUCCUGCACAGGUUGAUCCGCGUGGAGCGACUGCAGCUGGUCGACAAUUCCCUCAGCAACCUGACUUCGGUCCGCCUGCCAAGGUGCAAAGUCCUCAACCUGCAGCGGAACCACCUGGUGUGUCUGCUCCACCUGCCAAAGCUGCCAGCUGUGGAGCAACUCUGUCUGGCCGAGAACGCCAUCGCCUCUCUGGGGGGGCUGGACACUCUGAGGAACAGUCCUCUGCGCUCCCUCAACCUCGCCCUCAACCCGGUCGCCUUCGCUCAGGACUACCGCGCACAUGUUUUCUCCUGCUUGCCAAACCUUGAGAUCCUGGAUGGAGUCCCUAAACUGCCAGAAGACAAUCUCCACACUGGAUUUCGUUUCCCACAAAUCAGCAGAAUGUGCAACAUUUUGUGACUUUUUUUGUGCUCAUUUCAUCCAAGUUCUGUUCAAAAGUGGACUUCUUUUUUUUUUAACCUUAAACGUGCCACACUGUUGCCAAAAACUGACCCUAUACCCCCAAAGCACAGUAGCAUAAUACUGCCGUUUGCUGGGUGACGAAGCAUUGAUUGCCAUGUCUUGUUUAAACAUUUCAUGCCGACAAUAACAAAAUGAGAAUAUGCGAUUAUGAAAACCAUAAAUGUAAUAAUUGCUUGUGAGUCUGUCGAGCACAUGAAGGUCACAACCAGCAACUUCUUAGCACAAAUUGAUUGAAAGCAGAGUGAAAAUAUUCUCGCCUGUGGAAAUAAUUCCAAUAUAUAUUCUGGCUUUAAUAUAUUUUCAUAAAUCUAAGAUUAUAUUAUAUUGUAAAGUGAAAAAAUUGUUAAAACAAAAAAAAACCCACAGAUUUUUAAUUUUUUUUUAAAUAAACUAUGAACACACGUUUAUGAUUUAUUUUUCUUACCCUCCAUAUUGUUACAUUUUAUCACUUUUCUAUAAGAAACUAGCACAUGGAAGGAAUGCGUGCGUUGUUGUGUGGCGUCUUUGGUGCAAUGUUCAGCAUGAAGAAAACAUUAAUAAAUCGUAUUGAUAAACGAGGUGAAUAAAUCCCCCAAAGGCUGCAUAUUCCAUAGUGAUGAUACUGUCCAUGAAUACAUGCCUUAAUAUUAUUCUCUCAAAUAAGUCCAAUUUUGUCUUGAAUUGAUAGUGCCUCCAUUCUUUCCUGCUUUUACUCGUUGAAAAAAAUGUAUGUCGUUUUAUACCAAACAAAAUUAAUCUGAUUUGAAUUAAAACAAAAAUAAUUUUAAACAAAAAAUUUAUUUGGUUGUGAUUAAUUUUUAAGGCGUUAGAAAGAAUGUUUUUUGGGUGCAAAUGUUUAUUUUGUUUACAUUUACAAUUCAACUUCCAUCUUGUGUUGCAAUGGAGACAAUUGUGUGUCUUUUUGUACCCAACAAAAAAGUAAAAACAUUUGCAAAACAAAUUUAAAUUUACAAUUAAAUAUAAAAUAUAUAAUAUUUGGUUACACAGCUUUAUUUUUUUGGUUUCAAAUUGAUUUUUUUGUUGUUGUUUUUUGCUUUAAUAUUUUUU